UCUCUCCAGGGUGUUUGCUCUCCCGCCGCGCUGGCCUUCAUGGUGCAUCCGUAUGACGUCACGCCAGCCAUCGGGUCUGCACGGCGCGUGUUAAACCGACGUCCUCACUUCGGUCUGCGUGAUUGACAGCCGCUGUCACGGUGCAGCAGACUCAAGAUGUCCGUGGAGAAGCGCCUGGCGUUCUCGAUCAUCCAGUUCCUGCGAGACCAGAGUCACAGCGGGGCGCUGAACUCUGACGAACUGGAGAGUCUAGAAGUGGCCGUGCAGUGUUUGGAGACCACCUUCAAGAUCAGUUCAGGUGACGUCCACCUGGCAGCCGCUCAGCCGCUGACGGAGAUCUUCCUCAACGCUCUGCUGAAGGUGAGUCAGAGGACCUCCUCGGUGGGAGGAAGCGCUUCUAACACCCCACGGCCCCGUGUGCCUCAGAACGAUGUCAUGGGGGCGCCAGAGAGUUCGCCCUCUCCCGAGGACAUCGAGCGAGCUGAGCAGCUGAAGAACGAAGGGAACAAUCACAUGAAGGAGGAGAACUACCACAGCGCGGUGGAGUGUUACAGCCGAGCCAUCGAACUGGACCUGAGAAACGCCGUCUACUACUGCAACAGGGCGGCAGCUCACAGCAAACUGGGCAACUACCAGGAGGCCACCGGCGACUGCGAGCGAGCCAUCGGCAUCGACCCCACCUACAGCAAAGCGUACGGCAGGAUGGGGUUGGCUCUGACGGCCAUGAGCAAGUUUCCUGACGCCAUCUCCUACUUCAAGAAGGCUCUGGUGCUGGAUCCUGACAACGAGACCUACAAGUCCAACCUGAAGAUCGCUGAGCAGAAGCAGAAGGAGGCCUCCAGUCCUAUCGCUGCAGGUCUGGGCUUCGAUAUGGCCAGUCUCAUCAACAACCCGGCCUUCAUCAGCAUGGCAGCCAGUGUGAUGCAGAACCAGCAGGUGCAGCCUCUGAUGUCCGGCAUGAUGUCCAACGCGGCCGGAGUUGGUGGUUUGUCCGACAUUUCCAGCUUAAUCGAAGCGGGGCAGCAGUUCGCUCAGCAGAUCCAGCAGCAGAACCCCGAGUUGAUCGAGCAGCUGAGGAACCACAUCAGGAGCCGCUCGUUCAGCAACGGAGCCGAAGAGCACUCGUGAUCCCUCAGGCUCGCAGCAGGAUGGAACACGUCGGCGUGAACACGAUCUCUCCACUCAUUUGUUCAGAGUCAAGCCCCUCCCCCACAGCGAGGCUGGACCGACGACGUGGACGAAGGUGAAGAGGUCUGGGCGGCCGCUUCGGGACAAGCCGGUGAGGUCCCAGUCCCGGACCGAGGCAGAGGAGAAAGAAUUUGUGCUUCUGCUUAUCCAUCACGACUUUGGGGUCAAUGGUCAUGUUUGUUAUUUCUGCCGACACAUCGUCGUGUAUCAUGUGACCCAGAUGUCACUUCCUGUGUAUAACCUCCUGUAGAUGGUGUCGUGAACGCACUUUACAGAUGUUUAUUUUAGCUACUGGAGAUUAGUUCUGCAUGAGCUCAGGUCAGCCCGGUGUUUGAUCGUCGACCAAUAAAGGUUUCU